AGCAUGUCACGGUGGUUUGAGGUCAGGUGUACUUACUUAGACCAAUAAUAACUACAUCACAUACAGACGGACAGUGGGAUGGUCAACAUCCUUUGACAGUGUCAGGAUUUCUUGCAGAUAGCCAUUGUUCGUGUUUGUGAUUGUUGAUCGCGUUGAUCACCGUGGACAGUGUUGCUAGUUGUUUUGUACGUACAGAAUGAAAUUGACAAACAUGAUCAUCUGGUUGUAUGUGAUGUUGUUGUGUGGUUAUGGUGUUGGGGGUAUCAGUGACUAUGUGAGCAUGCUGACCCGGGGUCUACAUCCCCUCCCCAAGCCUGAUCUAUCCUCGGGGGUGAAGGAGUCAAUGCAGACCCUGAGACGGGCAGAUAUUACCCAAGUUGCCAGAAUGAUUCAGGAUUCCCAUGUGCUGCGUCCCCAGGGUGGGCUACUGACAGGCCCCCCAGGCCGUGGGAGCUAACGGUAACAUCUCCACAAAGUGCGCGGACCAAACUGCCAAGGUAUUGGAAGCUUUGCUGGCUGGUGAACAAUGGGCAUUACAGAUGAUUGAUGCAGCAGGGAAGCCAAGCAGUGGACUACUUCAGUUGAACCUCAACUUCUUGGGAUCAUACGAUGAGUGUUUGGGGGUCAAGGCCACGGAGACAAUCAACAAUGUCACAGAACCGAUCUUCAAUGGGAAAUACUGCAAAGCCAGCAUCCCUCUUCAGCCCGGUUCCCCAGCUCCAGCUCCAAAUACUCCAUCAUUCUCUGACAUCACCAUUGGACUUUGCUUCCCCAACUCCUGUAGUGGCGAAGAUGUAACAUUGAUUCUCAAUAACAUGUUGGAUCUGGUGCUUGAGCAGCUGAACAUCACCACACAGUUCAAGGUCAAGCGCUCCGUGUGCCAGGAGGAGAACCUGGAGUGGGACACUAAAGCCAUCGCUGUCUUUGUGGUGGCAAUGGUGUUUCUUGCGCUAAUGGUGAUUGGCACAAUCUAUGACAUCGUCAUUAUCCAGCUUCCACGCUGGUACGUGUUGGCUGCUGAGGCAAAUGGUUUGUUGAAUGGAGCUGACACUUACACAUCACUGAACAUCAAGCAUAGACAAGAGGAGACAACUCCACUGAUUGGCGACACAGGGAAACCAGAGUUUAGCCAGCCUCAACCAAGUCUUUGUGGCAAGAUCCUGUUAUCGUUCUCUGUGUACACGAACGCCUCCAAGCUGCUGAGCACCAAACAGUCAGCUGGAAGUCUCACCGCCAUCAACGGUAUCCGCUUCCUCUCCAUGACAUGGGUAAUCCUGGGGCACACCUAUGUCUUUGGUCUGUCAAGUGUAGACAACUUCAUCAGCUACUUCCCGGAUGUCAUAAAGCGCUUCACCUUCCAGGCCAUUAUCAAUGCUACCGUGUCUGUCGACUCCUUCUUCACUCUGAGUGGGCUGCUAGUGACAUUCCUGGUGCUGAAAGAGAUGAGGCGGGCUGGUGGCAGGAUCAACUGGUUCAUGUUCUACUUCCACAGGUUCUGGAGACUGACGCCUCCAUACAUGUUGGUGAUGAUGGUGUACGUCCCACUCUUCCCCUACAUCAGUAACGGCCCUCUGUGGCCUCAACAGGGUGUUGAGAUCAACCAGUGCCGGAACUCAUGGUGGACCAACUUACUGUAUGUCAACAACCUGGUCAAUGUCAAGGAGAUGUGCAUGGGCUGGUCCUGGUAUCUGGCCAAUGAUAUGCAGUUCUACAUCUUGUCGCCUCUCAUUGUGCCGCUGUUCUUUUCCGGCAUCCUGGGCACGAUUGCUGUCUUGGCGUUCCUCUUGGCAGUCUUUAUCACGGCAGGUGUAUUAUCCAGGGUACACAACAUGUCCCCAUCAUUGAUAGGGGGCGCCGGGGCCGGAGGAGGAGGAGGAGAUGACUUCAUGGCCUACUUCUUUGACUACUACGUCACACCGUACUGCCGCAUGGGGCCAUAUAUUGUCGGCAUGGUAACCGGCUAUCUGUUGUACAAAACAGACUGCAAGAUCAGACUCAACAAGUGGCUUGUGGUGUUGGGCUGGUGUGUAGCAACAGCGUCAGCUCUAGCCGUGUUGUACGGCCUGUAUGAUGUCAACAACGGUCACCCACUCACCGUGGACACUGCAGCAUUCUACAACGCAGUUCAUAGGUCGGUCUGGGGCAUGUCGUGCUGGGUCAUCUUCGCAUGUGCUACAGGUUACGGAGGUUUUGUGAACACUCUGUUGUCGUGGUCUGCUUUCGUCCCUCUUGGUCGACUGACGUACUGUGCCUAUCUUGUACAUCCCAUCGUCAUGUACAUCUUCUUCUCCUCCCAGCAUACACUGCUCCACCUCUCCGACAUCAAUGUGGUUAUCUGGUUUCUGGGUCUCCUCGUCUGCUCCAAUAUGACUGCCUUCGUCGUGUCCCUGGCAUUCGAGUCCCCCAUGAUGGGUUUGGAGAAGGCAUUACUGAAGAGGGAGAAGAGCAGCUAAUGACAGCAGACGUGUCACCAUGGAAACCAGCCAUUGGUGAAACUUCUCUAGACAUUAUAUGUAAAUCUUCUUCUGUAGCCUUUGACUGAAGAAUCUGUUAUCUAUGAUGACAAAGCUUUAAACUAGCAAAUGUAAUUUCUUGAUUUAAUAGGUUCAGUUUAAUUAGGCACAUACCAUAUUUAGAGUACAAGUGUCCACUCCUGUAGGUACAUCUCCUACCUUACGUUAAGCUCCCUUCAUUUCAAUGGACAAGUUGUUACAGCGUAAGAUCGUUUCCAUCAAGUCUACAUAUGUUAUUGUAUUACGGGCUAUUAGUGUGUUGGGAAUAAUCUUUGGGAAAUUUUUAAGCUGACCAUAAAGAUGAUGGAGGACAUUGAAGGUCAAAGGUCUUUCAGUGUGAAAUUUGUUCACUACAGCUUGAAUUUUCACAAUCAUGCCUAAACCUUUUGGUGACUGUCUGAAGCUGAAGGUCACAAAAGGUGACAUGAAAAAAUAUAUCUCAAAUAUCAGGGAAUAUAUAUAGUGAUAUAUAGCACAUUAUUUACCUAUUUGUGAAGACUAAUAAUAGCAUUAUCAUGGUUGUGGAAAAUGCCAGGAUCACUUUGAAGAUUAUUCACUCAUAAAAUGUGACUGGUGGCUGUUUGAACCAAAGACACAUGAGAUCAUAUAACAUGAGUCUUCUUGGUGGCAAUAUGGCCUAACAUGGCUUUCAAGAUCACAACAGAUCCUGGUAUGAAAAUGGCAGUAAACUCAGGUAUCCUGUUCACCUUUUUGAUUUCUUCAUAAUAGAUUACACCUAUUUUCAAGGUCAUGUCAAAUGUCAAUGUCAUGUACACAAAGAAAUCUUUAUUAUCAAUAAUGGUUCCUGGAGGCAGCUGUAUGUGACUUCCUUUGAUUGUUAGUGUAACAGCAUCUAUUUUCGGAUUAGAGUUGACUUCUGAUAAAUAUUCAGAACAUUGUUAUUAUUUCUUGGGCAAACAUUUUGGGGGCAUUUGAGAUUGGGACACUUCAUUUUUUAAUGCAAACAUCUUCCUAAUCUAAGCUAUAGAAUCACAGUUUCGACUAAACAGAUCAUAAUGGAUGAUGAGAAAAUUGUCUCUUACAAUGACACUCCAGUACAGAUAAAUCAUAUUUUAUCAUUCACAUUUUUAAAGAUAUGUUGUUUUUACACAAUCCUGAUCUUAAAUCAUGCCUGAUUUGUCUUGUGAUGUAUUAUAAAAUGUGUCUGUAUUGUCAGAACAAGAAAUCCCAGAUAGGCUACCUCUUAAGGUUUACAUAUGACAGUACUUAAGUUGCAUUCUUCCGAUUGUCUUAACAUGUGCCAACCAGUAUACUAAUGUACAGUGUGUCAAAUCAGGAAAUACACCUACUGUUUUUAGAAUUGAUCUUGUCAGACUGUAGGAUCUGUUGUCUAUUGCUUGCUAUCUAGAUCUGAUGUCAUCUCACUGUUACUCUCUCCAGUGUCAAAUCAUCUUCAGUCACAGCUGAUUCAGUGCUUAAUAUAACUGGAAUUGAGUCAGUUAACUCUGUUAACUCUCAUAUUCAUUAGACAGAAGCCCUAAGUUCAGACUCGUAUAGAGUUGAGAGGUCAAACCGUAGAAGGAAACCUCUGGUCCAUUUCACCUCAUUGGAUCUCAUGUCAUGUUGUCCCCGAUCUGUCCAGUUAUGUGCAUGAUAUCCAAUUAUAGUGUAAAGUAUCCCCAAAACAUUCCUAUACUCUCCUAUUUUAAAGAUGGCUGCCAUUAUUUCUUAACGCCAAAGUUAGCUACAGAGUCUUUCAGCCACACUUUCUCUGAACCUCCUAUGACAUUCGGGACAGGGGGUUAGCCUAGUGGUUAAAGCGUUCGCUCGUCAUGCCGAAGGCCCAGGUUCGAUUCCCGACAUUGGUACAAUGCGUGAAGCCAUUUCUGGUGUUCCCCGACAUGAUAUUGCUGGAAUAUUGCUGAAAGCGGCGUGAAACUAAACUCACUCACUCACUCCAAUGACACUGAUGCAACUUUCCCUGAAAGUUUUUGCUGAUAAAAUAAAGAUAUGCAAAGUUUUAUAUACGUUUCUUCAGGACAUAAAACUUCAGGGUCUUACUCGUAGCUUUAUUAUCAAUAUUGAUGGCAUGUUAAUUGAUAUUGCUCAAAUCCUGCUGUCCUGUUCAAGCCAGGAGAGUGCUGACCUCAAAGAUAACAAUGUUUAUAAAUAGUUUUACUCUUCAUCUGAAUGAUUUUAUCAUCACUUUUCAUUUUAUUCCAUGUUGUGCCAUCAUCCGCAUUGUCUUAACUCAGCAGAACGCUGCUGUAUAAUAUCAUUACCUUUCACCUCUAACCUUUUAUCUUGAACUUUUAACCUCUGACCUUUCAUCUUGAACUUUUAACCUCCAACUUUUCACCUCUGACCUUUCACUUCUUGGAUUGUCAGAGACACAUUCAGGAUAUUGCUUCUUAGAAUGUGCUUUAAAUAAUAUAACAUGACCAUUUUUAUAUAUCACAUGACUUUUUGGUUUGACCUAUCACAAACCUAGCUACCUUAUUACGUUGUGUCAUCUAUUGCCUUUUAGUUUGAUCUUUCAAAAACCCAUAUUCAUUACAAACCUAGAAACUUUUAAAAUUUCAAUAGGAAAUCAUGUAUUGGAAAAUGUACAGCUUUUCUGUAUCUGUUGAAACUGAGUUGUGGUUCCUCUUGUUUACCACUGUUUUGGUGGAGAUGUGACUUUUGUCAGUGUUUUAUGGUUUUAGAUAUUUCAGUAAGUGUUUUUGUCCACGUCAACUCUGAUAUACAAAUGACACAAAUUAGUCUGUGAUCAAACCUGCAGGCAUUAAAACAUUUGGCCAUGUAGGAACUUUUUUUAUAAACUGAGGUGUCUGCAUUUGUGCCAAAUAAUUGAUGUUUUAUUUAGGUCCAUGUCUAUUUAAUCAUUUACUAUAAAGAUCUGCCUGUUACUUUUAAUGCAGCCUCUGAAUAUGUCACACGUUUACAACCUUUACAACUUGCCAACUGAACAUACAUAUGGACUAUGUUUGUAUGACUGCCAUGUUGUGAAGAACAUGAGAACAUUUUGUACCUUGGACAUUCAGUAAUAACUUUAGUCUUUGGGGAUUUAUUUAAUCUCAAAGGAUAUACGAUCUUAUGGUAUUUCUCCUGGUUUUUUUGGUUUAGAUAUAUGUUAUGGUUUUUCUCCUGUCUUUUUUUUGUCCCCCGCUGCAGCGCGGAACAGACAACUAUGUAUUCAGCAGUGUCCGUACGUCUGUCCAUCCGUACGUACGUCCCGAUUCUUGUUUAAGCGAUAUCUCAUGAACUGUUGUACCCAGUGUCUUCCAAUUUGGUGACAACCUACAUUGGGGGAUUACACAGACACCAGUUGAUUUGGGUGAUCUUGAUCUUAUCUUCAAGGUUACCACGACACCUCGACAACUUUUCAAAUUUAUGUAAACACGUUGUCUCAUAAAACAUUGUACCCUAUGUCUUUAAGUAUGUCGACAGCAUACAUUGGGUGACUAUGCAGACACCAGUCAUUUCAGGCAUCUUGUAUGUGACCAAAACAUAAAAAGUUGAAAAUAUUUUAUAACUAUUUCAUUCUUCUUUAGCGGGUGGACAUUGCCAUAUUAGUGUCAAACACUUGUUUUAUUUUUUUUAUGUUUGAGAGAUAGUAUGUUGCCAAAUAUUUCACAGCAAUGUUUCAAAUUUUGUGUUGAGUUGAUAUUGUUGGAAAUUGAUUGUGUUUACUGUAGGCAGGUGCAGUGGGGUAGCCUAGUGGUUAAAGCGUUCGCUCGUCACGCCGAAGACCCUGGUUUGAGUCCCCACAUGGGUACAAUGUGUGAAGCUCAUUUCUGUGUCCCCUGCUGUGAUGUUGCUGGAAUAUUGCUAAAAGCGGUGUAAAACCCAACUCACUCACUCACUACUGUGGGCAAAUUGUAACUGGCAUGUGAUAUAUAGUCUUUGAUUGAAUAAUAUAUGUACCUACAAACACAUAACCUAUAUGGCACACAGUUUAUCUAGAGCUAUUUUCAAUCCACCUUAGUGAGUAUGAUUAAUAUUUGCUGGUCGUUAUAACUGUGCCAUGUUUAUUUGUCUGUCUUUUGUCUCGUACGUUUAGUCAGGAUUGCUUUAUUAUUAUAGUUUACACAACUUUCAUAUGAACAAGUCAGUUUUUUCUGGAUUCCAAGAAUCAAUUUUAUCCUAAAUAAUGAAUUUCUCUAUAAGAGCUUUCCAGUGUUUUAUGUUUGUUUCCACUCUCGGUUGGUUGUAUUUAUAUUGUUUCUCUCUACACUCUUAAGUGUUUAUAUUUAUACUGCCUUUCUCAGCUGUUAGUUGUAUAUAUUUAUGCUACUUUUCUCCAUGCUCAGUAGUUUAUAUUCAUGUUGCUUUUCUCCACUCUCAGUAGUUUAUAUGUAUGCUGCUUUUCUCCACUCAGUAGUGUAUGUUUAUGUGGCUUUUCUCGUCUCAGUAGUGUAUGUUUAUGUGGCUUUUCUCCACCAGUAGUUUAUGGUUAUGCUACUUUUACUUAACUCUCAGUUGAUAUAUCUAUGCUAAUUAUACUGCUCCAUAUGUUUACCAGAGACAGAAUCCUUCCCCAGUGUUUCUGACAGCUAGAAUCUUUCCACAAUUUUUAUUUGCAUUUUUCUAGCUGUACUUCUCAGUGCUUGAGAGCAACAUACAUAUAAGGUUACAACCAUUUUGUAUUCUUUAGAGAUGGAGAUGGGGAUAUUUGUUGUUGUUACUUAAUAUUUUUUUCAGCCAGUUGUUUAAUGUUUUACUCUGAAGAUAGAAGCCAAACUGGUGCUUUGGACACCAGGCACCACCUUCAGAGUCAAGAAAUACAUGUCUAGGCAUCUGCUGUUCAUAGCUGUUAACUUGUCUUUCCAGCAAGAUGUACUUAUAGUUUUCAAGAUUUAUUGUGUCAUAGUUUGUGUAUGCAGUUCAAUUAUAUUUCACAAUAAAAUAUUUUCCUCUU